UCUAGGUGUCUCACCAUCCGCUAUCUACACAACGACCACUCUCCGCCAUUUCCCCUGCCUGAACUUGCAUAUCAGUUUCCAAAUACGCCCUGGCUGCCGCGACCCGGCAGAGAUGCAGUCAGCAUGCCAGAUUGUGGGAGGAAUGCGAUAGGGUGGGGCGGGGAUGGGUAGGGAUUCUAGAGGGAUAGAAGCAUCCGGUUCUUAAGUCGUCAUUUGCGGGCUUGAAGUUGUGAGAGUCUGGGUCUCUUAUCUUGACGUAUUGUCAGUUGGUUUUUGAAUGGGUUUUCCGUUAUCAUAGCGGGAUUGAAAUGUAAAACUCCUUCAUCAGACGGCAUCACAUCUCAACAACUCAAGGCAGUGCCGCACCUUUUGAGCCUUGAGCAAGAUGUCGACCUUGCCAGAAAACGAGAAGGUUGCGCUUGAGAAUCACGGAAACGCAAGUGCUGCCCCGUCACUGGUAUCAGAUGAAUCCCUGACCAAUCCGACGGGCAUCAAUGAGAAAGCUUUGUUGAGAAUGCUGGAUCUGAAACUCUUUCCUCCGUUGACGCUGCUUUAUUUGCUCUCAUUUCUGGAUCGAAGCAACAUCGGCAAUGCCAAACUCGAUGGCUUGACAAAGGAUCUACACAUCACGGGAAACCAAUACCUCUUCGCAUUAACUAUAUAUUUCAUCGGAUAUGUCCUCUUCGAAAUCCCCUGCAACAUUAUGCUCAAGCGGACGACGCCCAAGCUCUGGCUUCCCACGCUGAUGCUCCUCUGGGGCAUCGUCGCCACAUUAAUGGGUGUCUCGCAGAACUUCGGCGGUUUCCUCGCAGCACGAUUCUUCCUUGGCGUCACUGAGAGUGGACUAUUUCCUGGUGUGGUGUUCCACCUUUCGAUGUGGUAUAAGAGGACGGAGAGUCAUUACAGAGUUGCGCUUUUCUUCUCUGCUGCUUCGCUGGCUGGUGCUUUUGGUGGAAUUUUUGCUUAUGGGAUUGGGUUCAUGAAGGGGGUUGCAAAUUAUAAUGGUUGGCGGUGGAUUUUCAUUCUUGAAGGUCUACUGACUGUAGUCAUCGCCCUCGUAGCAUAUCUCUUCAUCCACAACUACCCUUCCACCGCGCCAUUCCUCAACGAGCCGGAGCGAGCAUUCAUCCACGCACGCCUCAAAGGCACCGACGCUAAUAACAGCGAACCCUUCGCCUGGACCAACGUCCUCGCCGCGCUCAAGGACUACAAAUGCUGGCUCUACGGCCCCGGCUUCCAUACCAUGUCUUUGCCAUUAUACACACUCUCCCUCUUCCUCCCCACCCUCAUCACAGAACUAGGAUAUACAGCCGCCCAAGCCCAACUACUCACCGUCCCACCCUACGCCGUGGCCACAAUCCUCACCGUAAUCGUCGCCAUCCUGGCCGAGAAGACCCAUCGCUGCUCCCCAUUCAUCCUCGCCUCUUCCUCACUCGCAAUCAUCGGGUACAUCAUCCUUCUCACUGUGCCCAUCGAAAAGCCCGGCGUAAGUUAUCUCAGCACGAUUUUCGCUGCUGCCGGGAUUUACCCCAGUUGUGCAAUUGUACUCAGUUGGGCGACGGCGAAUGUGAGUGGGCAGACGAAGCGGGCUACUGCUACCGCGAUGACGAUCACGAUUGGGAAUCUUGGGGCAGUACUUGGAACGCAACUUUAUAGGCCGAAGACGAGUCCAAGAUGGCAUUUGGGGCAUGGGUUUGCGUUGGGGUAUUUGGUUGCUAAUCUUUUGGUGACGGGGACGCUGUGGGUAUCUUUGAGGAGGGAGAAUAAGAUUAAGAGUGAGAAGAGGGAGGGUGGGGAGGUGGCUGAAGAGGAGGUGGUGAGGAGUGAUGAGGAUGUGAGAUGGGAGUUCCAGACCUAAGUUCGAUGAAGUUUCGAGAGAUUUGUGAAAGAUACUUUUCAUUGCCUCAUUCUUGGUCUAACCUUUGAGAAACAUGAAAGUUCUAGUUUCUUUGCAUAGAGUGAAGAGCCUUAGCCGUUAUAUUCAUCUACUCAACCUCAAUGAUAGUAUUGAAGGUCGAUGCGCUCAUGUAAUCGAUUGCCAACCGUAACGUGAAACUUGAAGCCG